GUCACGAGCGCCCGCGCGGCCGACGGCGGCGCCAUGGCUGCGGAGCGGGACGUGCGCGCCCGGCUGCGGCGCGCGGGCCAGGAGCACCUGCUGCGCUUCUGCGCCGAGCUGGCGCCGGGGCCGCGCGCCGCGCUGCUGGCGGAGCUGCGGGCGCUGGAGCCGGGGGCGCUGCGCGAGCACUGCCGGCGCGCGGCUGCGGCCUGCGCGCGCCCCCCGGGCCCGGAGCCCGGCCUGGAGGCGCGCCUGCGGCCCCUGCCGCCGGAGCGCGUGGGCAGCGCGAGCCGGUGCGACCCCGAGACGCGGCGGCUCUGGGAGCAGGAAGGUUUCCACCAGAUCGCCCUGAGCAAGGUUGCGGUGCUGCUGCUGGCUGGUGGGCAGGGCACUCGCCUGGGCGUGACCUACCCCAAAGGCAUGUAUCAGGUGGGGCUGCCCAGCCAGAAGACCCUGUAUCAGCUGCAGGCAGAACGGAUUCAGCGGGUGCAGCAGCUGGCGGGCGAGCGCCAUGGGACCCAGUGCACCGUACCCUGGUACAUCAUGACAAGUGAGUUCACGCUGGAGCCCACCGCCAAGUUCUUCAAGGAGCACAGCUUCUUCCAGCUGGACCCCGACAACGUGAUCAUGUUUGAGCAGCGCAUGCUGCCUGCUGUGACCUUCGACGGCAGGGCCAUCCUGGAGCAGAAAGACAAGGUCGCCAUGGCCCCAGACGGCAACGGAGGACUGUACUCUGCACUGUCAGACCACCAGAUUCUAGAGGACAUGGAGCGCCGGGGCGUGGAGUUUGUGCACGUGUACUGUGUGGACAACAUCCUCGUGCGGCUGGCCGACCCGGUCUUCAUCGGCUUUUGUGUGCUGCGCGGGGCCGACUGUGGCGCCAAGGUGGUGGAGAAGGCCUCGCCCGAGGAGCCGGUGGGAGUGGUGUGCCAGCUGGACGGAGUCCCGCGGGUGGUGGAGUACAGCGAGAUCAGCCCCGAGACCGCACAGCUCCGCGGGCCCGAUGGGAGCCUGCUCUACAGCCUGGGCAACAUCUGCAACCACUUCUUCACUCGAGGCUUCCUCCAGAUGGUGGUCAGUGACUUUGAGCCCUUGCUGAAGCCACACGUGGCUGUGAAGAAGGUUCCCUACGUGGAUGAGGAGGGAAAUCUGGUAAAGCCGCUAAAACCGAACGGGAUAAAGAUGGAGAAGUUUGUGUUUGAUGUGUUCCAGUUUGCUAAGAACUUUGUGGCCUUUGAAGUGCCUCGGGAGGAGGAGUUCUCUCCCCUGAAGAAUGCUGCCUCUGCCGCCAGGGACACGCCCGACUCGGCGCGGCGCGCUCUUCUCCUACAGCAUUACCGAUGGGCCCUGCGCGCCGGCGCCCGCUUCCUGGAUGCGUGUGGGGCCCGGCUCCCUGAGCUGCGCAGCUUGCCCAGCGCUGGAGAGCCUCCCGCCAUCUGUGAGAUCUCGCCCUUGGUGUCGUACUCUGGAGAGGGUCUGGAAGUCUAUCUGCAAGGCCGGGAGUUCCAGUCCCCGCUCAUCCUGGAUGAGACCCGGGCCAGGGCUCUGCAGCCCUGACUUGCUCUUCGGACUGGCAACCCCCGGGGGCAAGGGGUCGUGCCACUCCCUUCAUCGUUCCCGGGGACCCAAGUGACCAAACAGGGCUCUGUGGCUGUGCUCCUGGCUGUGGGGUCUGGGUGGGAGGCAGCGGCGCAGCGCCCUCCGGGAGGGCAGCAGGCCUGCUCCGGGCGGAGACGUGAGGACGCCGGCGCCGCCUGGCCCUCCGGCCAGAUCCGCGUGGUGGGGAGCGCCGGCCACUCCAGGCUGCGGCUUUUCUGCAGAUGCCAGAGGCGGCGAGAGGAGGGGACGGUGUCCGUCCCCCGCAGGGUGACCUGUCCAAAGGUGCGGCUCCCUCUCUCUCCAGCAGCUGAAACAGCGUCUGGCACGAGGCUGGGGAGGGUGCGGCUGUGACAGCCUGGCCCUCCAGCUCCCCCCACCUCCGCCCCCCACGCGCAGCCUGCACAGCUGACGCCGAAUUCUCUCAAUGUGCCUUGGAGGCUCGGCUCCUCGGCCAGGUCUCCCGUUGGCUCAGCGCCACAUUUUAGGUCUUUUCUGCAAGAACCAGUGGGACCCACUGCGAUGGCCACACGUGGUGGCUAAUUAGGCUGAAAUACAAGCAGGCGGGGAGCGCCUUCCUCCAAGCAGCUUGCCAGUGGCUUCUGACAGAUCUUGGUGCUCACGCUUCCCGUGCUCUCUGGAGGGAGACACCGACUCGACGUACGGGGCCACGGUCCCCCCACACGGCACCCACGAGGCCCCACGGAGGCUGCGGAAAACCGCUGGCCCUGUUGUGCUCCUGCGACCCCAGGGCCUGCUCUCCUCUCUGGAAGCGACACGGGGGGCGCCUACCUGCCCGCUGACGUGAAGAGUGGUGUGGAAGCAGCCUGCCACUCCGCCAGGCCACCUACUCCCAUUCCCCCACGGAAGGUGGUUUCCCCAGGGCGAGGAUGUUACCUGGCCGGGGGGUUCAGAGGCCACCGAUCCCUACAGUGGCUUGUAGCUGGCUAGUGGAGGGUGGAUGUGUGUCCUCGCACACACAGCCCUGACCUGGGCAUGACAGCAGGGUCAGGGCCACGCCCAGAGCCCAGAGCAGGACUCUGCCUCCAGCCAGGCUGUGCCAGCCCUUUGCAGACCUCAGAAUUGAACCGUGUGCCUUACGGCCCUUCUCUCAGCUGCUCCGGCACAAGCAGAGGGACAGCCCAGCUGGGGGCCCAGGUCCGGGGUCCUGCCCACAGCUGCUCCUCCUCACCACCACAGCCCAACAACCCUGCAACCUCUCACCUGCACGAGUUGGGUAAACUAUUGAAACCGCCUGCCUUUA